ACAUUAUCUAGAUGAUGAUCUAGAUUAUGUUAUGAUCUAUGAUAAUCUAUCUAAAAAUUAAAAAUCUAAAGGAGUAAUCUAGUCCUAUUCUUUCUAUCUAGAUCUAGAUAUCUAGAUCUAAAUUCUAUUUCUAGUGUCGGUAGUGAUAGACUCUAGGGUCGUAGGGUAUUACAGUAUUAUUCAGCGGUUGCCUGCCUCUUUAUACCGAUAUGAAAUCAAUUAUACUGGAGGAUCAUUUGAGGCAUUGCCUGCACCCUGACAGAUACAGAUUUGAAAAACGUUGGAACACUCAAAGAUCAGAAUAGACCCACACAAUCUCUCUUCGACAUCAUAUAGAGAAGAUAAUACUUUGUGAGCGUCUUACAAAAUCUCUUUACAUAUAGCAAAAUACGGAAAACACUAUAGGAAGCUAAUAAAGUGCUGUAAUAGAGAAAAUCAACUAUUUGCUUGAAUUUAUGGUGUUGUUCUGCAGUAUUACAAUACAACACGAGAAAUGAGAUCAAAUCUGUUCAAAGUACAGUUAAGGCCAUUGACUAAAGAACUAGAAUCCAGAGAACAUGGCAAAGGUAACUCUCUGGAUUUGAAACAGGCGGGACUAUGUUGGAUUGGCUGUGUGCCACACAAAGCGGUUGUCCAUCUCUUGACCACUAAGAUUAUCACCUCUUACAUCCUGGAUUGUAACAAAAUAAGUCGACUUCUUCACAUGCACAAUUUCCUUCAGCGAACCCAAACAUUGGGGGCGCUACUUGUAAAACUUACCAACCAUGAAACUGUGCAUGCUUCAGUCCUGCAGCCCUAUCCUGAUGGAAUUGCAAUUUUGUCUCUCUUGAAUAUGACAGAUACAUUCCAUGGAGAACAAAAGAUUCUGCAACUGACAUUUGAAAGCCGCUGCGAGGAAACAUUUCAGGGUCACAUAAAGGAAACAUUUGAGGACUUCAAGUCUAGGCUGUUGAAAAAAUUUCUUAAUAAGGAGAAUUCUGAACACAGAGGUGUAACAUCAAAACCUAAUGUGCAUCCUAAUAAUCUGAUUUCUAGGUAUGCGCCAGGUAGUUCAGCUAACAUUAUGUUUGUCCAUCAUCAGCCAUCAACUCUGUGUGAUUUUCGCAAGGAGCAUGAAGAUUUUGGCUACUCUGCAAGUUCAAGGUCAUCUAAGCCCAAUAAUCACACACUGAAGUCAUCAACAUCUAGUCGAAGUGGAACAAUGGUAGAGAAGGCCAUGAAUGAUUGGAAAGCCAAUAGUGGGACUGUUGAAAAUACUGAUAACAAUUUACAUUCAGCACCUUGCAGUCCUGAUAGAAGAUCUUACAACUCCAAUGGCCUUAUAGAUAAAGAUAUUAAAGGUGAAGAAGAUUUAAAGAACUAUCUUGUAAAACAAUAUGAACUAGUGUUGUCUGCUGAGGUGGCUGCCAAGACUGCAGUGAGAGGCAUGGUGAGCAUUGCCACUAAGUACAUGAACAACCUCCUGCAUAACAACCCAGAGAAGUCUGCUGCAGUCUUUGUAAAGAAACUUUUGGUGAAGAGUUACAAAGAGCUAAAGGAUAACUACACACAGAACAGUGACAGAGAUAGAAAGAUAGCUGAGUAUAAAUUACAAGUGCUACUUUUACUUGAACUAGAAUUUGUGACCAGGAAUGAUGAAGCAGAUCAUGAUGCUGUUCUAAAUGAGCUCAUUCUGUUUCUGAGGGGACUCAUGUUUGUCACAGACCCCAUCCAUUUGAAUGACUUUCUCUUAGAGGUUGUCAUCAGCUAUGCCGUGGCUGUACCAAAACUUCUGACUGAUGUGUAUGAUGAGCUUAUGUUGCCUCUGCCUCCUGCUCUGUCCAGAUUUGCUUCCCCUGUUUCCUCCAAAGCCCCAAUGUCUGUGUUGAACGAGGACAGCUUUAUGUCUGCACCAAGCUCCACACAACCAUCUUCUCAUCUCUCUGACCAGGCAUCCCAGCCAGCAAGAUCCAGAUUCAAACAACAUCCAUGUUUUUUACAUUUUCAACAUUUCAAACAGAUUUUAGUGAAGCCUAAAUCAAAGACUGAGUCCAAAAGUUCAGCCAAAGAAAAGGGGAAAGCUCAAUGUUCCCUUGGGAGACAAGUUGAUAGUUCUUCAAUACCUGUUGAAAUUAAUAGACAGGAAAAGUUUUCUAUCAAAAAAAAACUCAGCCAGUUUGGAUCAAAGGAGGAAGUCAAAAAAAAUUACAAGAAAAGAACUCAGUAUUCUGGAAAGCCAGAAACUUUGGUUCUUGGAACACCAUCUCAUAAACAGACUUCUCAAAGAUUUUUAUUUCAGCAAAAACAAAGAAGACAGAGGGAGAAUGUUGACGCUGAUAUCAAAGUCAUUGCUGAGUCUCCAAUUAAAGCUGAUGCUGAUCCAUCACUAGCCUCUGCGCUCACCAAAUCAGCUGGACAUUUGCCGUGUGUGUCAUUCUACAAAUCUAGCUCUCAACCAUCUAAAUAUUUCAGUCACUCAAUUGAGCUGUCCCAGAAAAGUUCCAGCCAAAUUAAUCAUUCUCAAGAAAGCCAGUCAGUCUCCCCAGGCACUCUGUCCAGUGCUGUAAGUGGAUAUUUACUCAAGAUCUCUUCAAAGAAAAGGUUUAUACAAUCUUUUCUUACCUCCCCUUCAACUGAGCAGAAGACUAAAUCUUCACUAAGACGAUCCCAGAGAAAGUCUGCCAAGAAAUUAGAAUUUUGUUGAAGAAGUUAAUGUAAUACAUAUUCUACUGAGA